AUGUCAAGUAAGAAACGAGGAAGAACGAAAAAUUCUGAGCGUGUUGAACCGGGUAGUUGGGAGUGCACUGUAUGUACAUAUCGGAAUAGAUAUGAGGCAUUUAAAUGCGAGAUGUGCGAUACAAGGAAAGGCACAUCGACUAGAAAGCCAAGAUUGAAUCAAAAUGUUGUCCAACACCACACGGUGGUUGAGAAAUUCGUUGUUCAGCAAAGUCUGGCUGAAAAACCGAAGAGGAAGUACGGUAGAGUGUCUUUGGAUCAUGCUACAGACUCGCCAUCGACUUCUCGGCUUUCCCCUGAGAGCACGUCGUCAGGAUCAGCUGUCAGCAAACUGGCCCCUCGGAAGAGAAUUGGUAGUCGAAAGAUGCUGUUUUUGAGUGACUCGCUUAUUAUUCGAUCAUCUGCCAAAAAACGUAUGGUAAGCGUGAAAGGAGUAACAGCGUGCAUCACCGAAUUUAGGCCGAGGAACGAGGCUGAAAGUAAUUUCCGAGACUCACAAAGCCCUUCCAAGAACCUGACGUUAACCUUAAGCCCUGGAAAAAGUUAUAACUGUAAAAAAGAAAUAGCAACUUGA